CAAAUUUUAAUUUCUAAGCAUUUUUUAUGUAAUAAUAAAUGUUUCCAAACACUUUCAAGUUAAAAAUGUAUUGAAAAUUACGUUACGUUACCUUACGUUCUGUCCAAUUUGACAGUUUCGUUUCAUGUGAAUUGGUUAGAAAUCGAGACUAACCCGGCGUCAAGAUAUUAUUAUUCCUUUUUUACUGCAAAAGUAAAGCAGUGUAAAAUUAAUUAAUAAAAUGAAGCAGAAACUGUUAGACGGAUUGAAAGACUUGGGUUAUUCUGGCCCCCUUGUUGAGAAAACUAGUUUUGAUUCUGCCUUGCAAGAGGGAUCAAAAAGUGUAGAAUUCACCAAGUUGGUGAAUUUUUUAACAAAUGAGUUACGCACAUUGCUUAACAUUGAUGAGGAAGUCAAUCCAAUAUCAAGCCCAGAAGAUUCUGUAUCUUUUGUUAUGGAAGUUAGUUCCUUUUUGAAAGAAUUAAAUUGCCCUUAUACUGCAUUAACACAAGGCCAUAUAUCAGACCGUCUAGAAAGUCAACAAGACAAAUUAUUACUUUUAGACUACUUAUCCACUGAACUAAUGGCUGCAAGGAUAUUACAAGAAAAAAAGCCUGACAAAAAGUUUGAACUAAAACUGCAAGAGACUGAAGAGGCUGCUAACAUGAGGAAGAUUUUAAUGACUUUGAGGUUUCAUAAACCUCCCCCAAACAUCACUAUCCCGCAGUUAUUCCAAAAAGUUUGCCCAACAGUGCAAACUACUGUUCAAAAAGUUGGAAAUGAAUUAGUUGGGAAACCUGCAUUUCAGGGAACUCUUUCUGACAAGCAGUGGGAAACAUUAAAUGGAGUUCAGAAGGACUUAAACAAUGAAUAUAAAAUUAGAAGAGAGAUGUUGUUGACAAGGUUGGACGUCACUAUUCAGUCUUUUCAGUGGUCUGAUAAAACGAAAGGUAAAGACGAACUAUUCGAAAAAGUCUACACAGAAAAACGAAAACGCUUAAAAACCGAACCGGAGGUGGAACUUGCCGACUUAUUAGCCGCAAGAGACGACAUUGCCAUUAUCGAAAAGACAAGUAGCUCGUCUGUGCGAAAAAACACAAAGUCAUCACUAAAUAAAGUUAUCAUUGGACAGGUUCCUGAUAGGGGCGGUCGAACCUCCGAACAAGCGCCUCCCCCACCUGAAAUGCCAUCGUGGCAGCAACGCACCCCUGGGCCCUCUGGCGGCGGCAGAGGAAGAGGCGGCGGUAACUUCUCUCGCAACGACAAUAGGCAAAACUACUCGAGAGAUUCGGGAAGUUAUAGUGGAAGUUACUCUGGAAAUCAAGGUGGUUAUGAUAAUUAUAAAGGCACUAGUCAAAGCGGUGGCCGCAAUUACGGUUACGACGAUUAUAACCAGGGUCGCAGUUUUGAUAGUGCAGGUACCUACGGUGGCAAUCACACCAACCCUGGUUAUAAUAAUGAGAGAAGGGGGAAUUACAGCGGAGGUCGAGGGAAUUAUAACGAUAAUAAAAGUAGUUACGAUAAUAGGAAUUUUGAUAGCGCAGGUAGUUACUCCACGAGUUAUGAACAAAAUUCGAAAAGGCCGAAAACUUACGAUUCGUUUCAACAAAACAGAACAACUUAUGCUGAUCAGUAUGUGCAAGAGGAACAGCAUAAUCAGCAGUACCACGGAAGGGGCAAUUAUCGAGGGAGAGGCAGAGGGCAUUCGAAUUACAACAGGGGAGGCAGGAAUCACUAUUAAACUUGUCGCAAAAAAUUCAGAUUUUGUGCUCUAUUAUUAUUAACAGUUAUUUUAAACUGUAUCACUAACAUUUGAAAGAUUGAUAUUAUAUUUAAAGAUUUGAUUAAAGUACUGAUGCAUAAUAAAA